GCGCCGGUGCGGCCAAUGCGCGGUGGCCACGGCGGGGCGCGUAGCGCAGGCGGGGCGGGGCACGCAGGCCGUGGCGGCGGCGGCGGUGGUGGCCGAGGGAGCGGGGCAGCCAUGGGGGUGCGCGGCGCGGGCCGGCUGUGGUGGGGCACGGUGAGCUGCACUUUGUUCCUGGCAGUUAACGGUUUAUAUUCGGCCAGUGAUGAUGUGAUAGAGCUCACACCAGCUAACUUCAACAAGGAGGUCAUUCAGAGCGAGAGCCUGUGGCUCGUGGAGUUCUAUGCCCCAUGGUGUGGUCACUGUCAAAGGCUAACUCCUGAGUGGAAGAAAGCAGCAACAGCUUUAAAAGGUGUAGUGAAAGUGGGUGCAGUAGAUGCAGAUAAACAUCAGUCCUUGGGUGGACAGUAUGGAGUCAGAGGGUUUCCAACUAUCAAGAUAUUUGGAGCCAACAAAAACAAAGCAGAGGAUUAUCAGGGUGGCAGGACAAGCGACGCUAUUGUUGAUGCUGCUCUGAGUGCUCUUCGGUCCCUGGUGAAAGAACGUCUUAGUGGCAGAAGUGGAGGAUAUAGUUCUGGAAAACAGAGCCGGGAGAGCGGAGGUGGAGAUAAGAAGGAUGUGAUUGAGCUGACUGAUGACAGCUUUGAUAAGAAUGUCAUAAAUAGCGACGAUGUGUGGAUGGUGGAGUUUUAUGCCCCAUGGUGUGGGCACUGCAAAAACCUGGAGCCAGAAUGGGCAGCUGCUGCCACUGAAGUGAAGGAACAAACAAAAGGAAAAGUAAAGCUGGCUGCAGUAGAUGCAACAGUCAAUCAGAUGCUGGCAGGCCGAUAUGGGAUUCGUGGAUUUCCCACCAUUAAAAUCUUCCAGAAAGGAGAAGACCCUGUUGAUUAUGAUGGUGGGAGAACUAGAUCUGAUAUCAUUGCUCGUGCUCUGGAUCUGUUUUCUGAUAAUGCACCACCACCUGAGCUCCUGGAGAUAAUUAGUGAGGAUGUUCUGAAGAGUACCUGUGAUGCUCAUCAGCUCUGCAUCAUUUCUGUCCUGCCUCAUAUUCUUGACACAGGAGCUUCAGGGAGAAAUUCUUAUCUGGAUGUCAUGUUAAAAAUGGCUGAAAAAUACAAAAAGAAAAUGUGGGGGUGGCUGUGGACAGAAGCAGGUGCUCAGUCAGAUCUUGAGAGCUCUCUGGGGAUUGGAGGCUUUGGGUAUCCAGCAAUGGCAGCUGUUAAUGCUCGGAAGAUGAAAUUUGCCCUUCUGAAAGGAUCAUUCAGUGAGCAAGGGAUUAAUGAGUUUCUCAGGGAGCUCUCCGUUGGUCGUGGUUCUACAGCACCAGUGGGUGGUGGAGCUUUCCCCAAAAUUCAUUCAAUUGAACCUUGGGAUGGCAAAGAUGGUGAGCUUCCAGUUGAAGAUGACAUUGAUCUCAGUGAUGUGGAUCUGGAUGACUUGGGUAAAGAUGAGCUGUGAGAUCUUCAGGAAACUUCUUUUCUUGGGAGAGCCUGUGCAGCAGUUUGCAGCCUGGAUCACAAUCAGACAGAUAUUUCAGUGGCCUUUUUCUGGAGAAGUAGCACAUGACACACUGUGCUAUUGGAUGCACUGCAGCAGUGGACUGUACGCAUCUCAAGAAAACAUUGCAGAAAUUCUAUGAAUUGUCAUAACCAGUAAACUUGAUUGUAUUCUGUGUAACAAAUAUUUUGAGGACAACAUGGAUAUUUCUUUGGAACAUCUUGGGUUUUAUUUUGUUGAUAAUGUGCUGUUUGAAUGUUACUGGAGGCUGUUAGUGUAACCAAUUUUAACUGUAAUUUUUUUCAUGGAGGUGGAACCUGCUCAGCUUCUGUUUCAAUUAAAGAAUAAAAUAUUUUUGACACACAGUGUUAGUCUUGUAUAGAGUAAGAAAGGCGCACGUAGUACAAGCAGUCCCAUUUUGGAUCAUUCUUCAAAGUGAGCUUUAGAAUAGAGAGGCUUAUGCAGAGGGGAGUCCUAAACCACCUCCUUGCUGUGAGAUCUUGACAGUUUGGCUAAAGCUUGAUAAGAUGGACAAUCUUAGUUUAAAUGCUCUUCAGUCUUCCUUUUCCUAUUCCUUCUCAGGGGCUUUCUCUUUCUUUGUGCCAGGCUUCAUAAGAUCAUUAAAACAAUGGAAGUGGGGUUGCUGCUGCAAUGAGAGAUGCUCGGAGCUGUCGGUCUUUCCCCUGGAUUAGUGAUGAAGCUAAUCUGUGUUUUAGGGCGUAAGGAUUUCCAGGUGCUAACAGAAAACCACCUUGGUGCUGUCUCCAGCAAAUAAAGUAAUAUUUCUUCACUUCCCAUCUGACAUUGUUUUGAUCUGAAAUUGCUAUUUCCUUUGGAAGGGGAAUCAGGACUGUGAAUAGUGAUGUUUGCUGCUGGUUUUUUAAUAAAAAUACUAUUAUUUUAUUGCUCUCCAUGUCUUGUAUAUUGGUGUCUAGUGAAGUGACCCUGAUGUGAUCAGCUUGUUUAUAAAUAAGGAAUGAAAGAGCUGAAAGAUUCCCCUUCUUUCAAGGAAAUAAUAUGGAUAUUUGUCAUCUGGUGUCAGUAAGAGAUUGCCCGUAGCUCAUCCCCGUGAAAGGCAGUGUCAGAACCGUGGGCACCCAGCAGUAACUGCUGAUUCUGGGCAGGAGAUGUGCUCCAACUCUUAAAUCAUCCCAGCAGAUGAGCUGUAAUAGAACUGAUCUAACUGAAAUAUCUUUGCAAAAACUAAACUCAUGAGUACUUGGGGCUGUGAGUCAUAUCAUAAUAAGUUCCACAACACUUGUGAGGAUCUUUCCUCUUAGGCUUUUGGGGUUUUUUGUUAAAUUAAAGAAACUUUGGGCUUUGCUCUGAUGCUUUCUACUUUUUCUGUUUGGAUUUUUUUAAGUUUGCUUUGUUAGAAAAAGAGGACUGUAUACACCUAGUAGAUCCAUUAGCCACCAUAUUUUUUAAAUUGCUUUAUUUCAAGUCCAGUAGAUAUUCCAUCUUUGUAAUUUACCAAAAAAAAUAAAUACUACCAUAGUA